GUUAAUUCGAGCCAUGUAAAAGUAGAGCAGAAUUGUUUAAAGUUGUAGAAAUGGACGAAAUAGUGUUUAUUGGGGAUUGGGUGAAAGACAGGGUGCUGGGGUCUGGGAGCUUCGGCACAGUGGUAUUAUGGAAACACAAAAAUAUCGACGAGAGACUUGCUAUAAAAACUUGCAAAUGGGGAGAUGAACUGACCACCAAGCACAAGGAGAGAUGGACCAAGGAGGUGGAAAUGCUGCAGACUUGCACACAUCCCAACAUAGUGGGAACAAAAGAGUUACCAGAGGAAUUCUUGAAAGGUCUCGAGAAAGUCAAUCCGUCCAAACUUCCUAUCCUUUGCAUGGAGUACUGUAGUGGCGGCGACUUGAGACAGCUGCUCACCAAGCCGGAAUCUUGUGCAGGGCUCAAAGAAGUACAGGUGCGACAAAUCCUGAGCGACAUCUGUAACGCGAUAAAGUUCCUGCAUCUCAACAAGAUCACGCACCGUGACCUCAAGCCCGAGAAUAUCGUUUUGCAUGUCCCAGACUCUUCCCCCGUCAUUGGCCAGAAUCAAAAAAAGUUGACCUGCAAGCUCAUUGACCUUGGCUAUGCUAAGGAAAUAGAUUCCAAGUCAGUAUGUGCCAGUUUUGUAGGCACGUUGCAGUACCUCGCCCCAGAGAUUAUGUAUAGCAAAACAUAUAGCAACUCUGUGGAUUACUGGUCCUUUGGAUUGCUAGCAUUUGAAAUAAUAUGUGGAACAAGACCAUUCCUUCCAUUCAUGUCCCCUGUGCAGUGGAUGCCAGAAGUAAAGAAAAAGGCGCAUGAAAAUAUCUGUGUAUUUGAAACUUUUCAUGGUGAUAUUGAAUAUUCAAAUGAAAUAUUCCCCGAAAACCACAUUUCUAAGGCCUUCAAGGCUUCUAUUGAAAAUUGGCUAAGAGUAGCUCUUGAAUGGGAUCCCAAACUGAGAGGGAGAGAUGCUCCGUCUAAGGUCACUUUUGAUAUACCAUCAGAACAAAAAGCAGCAACCAGUAACAUUGUGUUUUUCAGUCGUUUAGAAAAAAUAUUGUCCUCUAAAAUCAUCAAAAUAUUUUCAAUGGUAUCUUUGUCACAGCAUGCCUAUGAAAUUGAUGAACAAACCACAAUUGCCACUGUUAAAAGUUGGCUUCAGAAAGACACGAAAAUACCCAUGCAAGAUCAAAUGUUAAUAUCACAAACAACAUAUGUUGAUAUUGAUAAUAAUGAGCCAGUUGUUAAAUAUUGGAAUGAGAACUGCAACAUCAUGUUGUACUUAUUCAACAAAACUAACUGUAUCAAUGAACAGGUUGAACCAGUUGUACCAAAGGCUGUCCAGAGAUGUCUUGAACACCCUAAGACCUUGUAUAAUUACAAAAACAGCCAGAACUUGUACCGGAAUGGCCUCUACUUUGUAAUGACGCAAAUAGAAGUGUAUGACUCACUCAUACAAGGCUUGUUUGCUAGAGGGGAGUCCUUGAAGCAUGAAAGCAAACAGCUACUGUUGAAACAUAAUUUGAUUGAUAAAAGUAUUGCCAAAUUGCUGGCUCAGCAAGAAAUCAUUAUAAAGAAUGCUGAAAUCGGGAAGAAACACAUUCAGAACAUUAGAGAAUCUGGAGUUGGUACAAAUUAUUUAGGAGGAUUUGAGAAGAUAUUCAAUCUUGCAGAUGAUCUAUCUGAUAAAAUCAGUAAACUGCAGACUGCUUGGUCCCAGGUGUCAGUGCGGCUUCAGUCUGCAGCGAGACGUAGCAAUGAGGCUCUACAUUCAGAGCUCAAUAACUUUGUAUCUAAAUACAACUAUCAAGCCGUAUUCACACAAGCCAUGAAGACAUUUAUAACUUACAAGCGAAGCGAAUUCUGUAGUGAAACUAGAAGAGAACAGAGACAAUGCCAGGAUAUCAUGAAAAUUUGCUAUGAAUGUUUAAAACUUAGAAGCAAAAUCCUACUUGAAUUGAAUCGACAACCAUUUAUACAGAAAUUCAUGCAUUUGAGUAUGGAGUUUGCUAAAAUUGCAGACAUCAUUGCAACUACUUCAGAGAAUACUGAGAAGUUGUCAAACGACCUCAUCACUCUCAGUAGUGAACUCACAAACUGCACUUGGUCCACUUUGAGCAUUCUAGCUUCAGAUGCUGAAAAUGUGGGAGAACUACCAUACAGUGUUAUCUCAAUACAAAAGAAAGAAUUUAAAAUAGGAGAUUCAGUGUCAAAGGAUUGUAUCAAGGUAUCAAACAGAGUUAAUGAAGACGAAAGAUUGAGAUCUCUUGUAGAAGAAAGUUUGAAAAUAAGGAAAAAUCAAUCUAGUUUAAAUGAAAAGCUAAAUAUACAAAAGAAAAUGUGGGAUAAUGUUUCUUACGAUUUUAGUUUUUUGAAUGAAAAUUAA